CGGCGGGGAGGUCGCGGGGUUGAGCGGGCCGGGCGGCGGGCGCGGCUUCUCUAUGGUCGCGGGCCGGGGGCACGCUCCUCCGCAGUGAGGCCUCGCUCACUUCCGGAAGUGGAGCGGCCUCCUUCUGCUCCGCUUCCGCGGGGGUCCGGGAGGCGGCUGGCGGCCGGGUGGGCCCGGAAGGAGUGCGGUGGCUCUCUUGAGUACCUGUGGAUAGAGUUUACAUCUAAACCUCCUUCAAGAUUUAAUGAUGCUUUACAACAGUUUUCUAAGUCUGAAGUUUUCUGUGCCUGCACAUCCCAGAAUUUGCUAAGAGAUGGAAGAGUCUCCGCAAAACGAUCUGAAUGCAGUGACCCAUGACAACGAUGACCCCCUCAAGAGCACCAGCCCUCAGAUUUCUGUUAGUGAAUUUUCUUGCCACUGCUGUUACGACAUCCUGGUUAACCCCACCACCUUGAACUGUGGGCACAGCUUCUGCCGGCACUGCCUAGCUUUAUGGUGGGCCUCUUCGAAGAAAACAGAGUGUCCGGAAUGCAGAGAAAAAUGGGAAGGUUUCCCCAAAGUCAAUAUUCUCCUCAGGGAUGCCAUUGAGAAAUUAUUUCCUGAUGCCAUUAGAAUGCGAUUUGAAGACAUUCAGCAGAAUAAUGACAUAGUCCAGAGUCUCACAGCCUUUCAGAAAUAUGGGAAUGAUCAAGUUCCUUUAGCUCCCAACACAGGCCGAGUGAAUCCGCAGAGAGGCGGGGGAUUCUUUUCCGGAGUGCUCACCGCUUUAACUGGUGUGGCAGUGGUCCUGCUUGUGUAUCACUGGAGCAGCAGGGAAUCUGAGCACGACCUCUUGGUCCAUAAGGCUGUGGCCAAAUGGACAGCAGAAGAAGUGGUCCUCUGGCUGGAGCAGCUGGGCCCUUGGGCCUCUCUCUACAGAGACCGAUUUUUAGCAGAAAGAGUCAAUGGAAGGUUGCUUUUAACUCUGACUGAGGAAGAAUUUUCAAGGGCACCAUAUACCAUAGAAAACAGCAGCCACAGAAGAGCCAUCCUUCUGGAACUGGAGCGUGUCAAAGCACUAGGUGUGAAGCCUCCCCAAAAUCUCUGGGAAUAUAAGGCUGUGAACCCAGGCAGGUCCCUGUUCCUGCUCUAUGCCCUCAAAAGCUCCCCAAGACUUGGGCUUCUGUAUCUCUACCUGUUUGACUACACAGACACUUUCCUACCAUUCAUCCACACCAUCUGCCCUCUGCAAGAAGACAGUCCUGGGGAGGACAUCCUCACUAAGCUUCUGGAUCUCAGAGAGCCCACAUGGAAGCAGUGGAGAGAAUUCCUUGUCAAGUACUCCUUCCUUCCGUACCAGCUGAUUGCUGAAUUUGCUUGGGAUUGGCUGGAGGUCCAUUACUGGACGUCACGGUUCCUCAUUGUCAAUGCCAUGUUACUCUCGGUUCUGGAAUUAUUCUCCUUUUGGAGGAUCUGGUCACGAAGCGAACUGAAGACCGUGCCUCAGAGGAUGUGGAGCCAUUUUUGGAAAGUAUCGACACAGGGGCUCUUCGUGGCCAUGUUCUGGCCUCUCAUUCCUCAGUUUGUUUGCAACUGCUUAUUUUACUGGGCUCUGUACUUCAACCCAAUCAUUAACAUUGAUCUCGUGGUCAAGGAAGUCCGACAGCUGGAAACCCAAGUGUUGUGACUGGCACUGCCCAGGCCCUGAGGGACUCUUCCAGCCUCACUGACAUCUGAGCACUGAUGCUUGGGUGGGGGUGGGGCGGGGGGAGCGGACUUCCUGUGUCUACGCCUCGUGAACAAGGUGCUGCUUUGUUAGAGGCUACAACCAGGUCCUCUCUCCCUCUGCCUGUGGCAUCAUGGCAGCAGGGACCAACGUCCCAGAACUCAGCCAACACAGCAGCAACACCUCCCUGCCAGCUGCCCUCCUCACAAAGACCUGGGAGGCCCCGUCUGCCAUGGCUGUCAAGGGCCCGGGGUCCCCAGAGGAUGCAGUAUGGCAUCGUCAGAAGGCUGCUGGGUCAGCAGUCUCGCUUGACAGUGGCUCCUGGAGUGAGUUACAGCCUGAGACUGAGCCCCGACACUCAGCUUGGUGGGGCCAGGCCCAUCCUCUAAGGCAAAUUUAGGAAAAUGGAAGAAGAUCCUGUCAUAGGCAUAGACAGCUGCACAUAAAUAACAGGAAAAGCCCAAAUCCUAUGGACGAUUCUAUAUUAUUGAAGAGUUACUGGAAAGUUUGUCAGAGUUAAACCUCUAAAAGGAUUCCGUUUGAGACUAGAAUGGCCAUCAGACUGUCACACAGGCUUUCUGUGUAUAUCGCUACAAGUUUGGAUCCUAACUCAGCCCGGGAGUGGGUGGGGUGGGGGUGGGGGGAUUGAGUAGGAUGUUGGGCAAUAAUGGAGAGUAAUUCACAUCGGCCUGAGCUGCCUCAGUGCCACUUAAAAUGAUCGUUUUGGAGUUGGUUUGUUUUGUUUUCAGGAAUUUAGUAUCCAGGCUAUAGUUCUUUCGUUCAAGGAAACAUUUUGUACAUUGACCUCGCACUGUAUAAUCCUACUGUCCUGUUCUGUUGUAUAAAGCCACAAGUAUAAUGACACCAAGUGCUGUAAUUGUAAAUAUGAAUGAGAUGAAGCAAGGCCUUUUAUUUCCUUUCAGUGUAAAGAGAGCAGGUGUGAACGUGAGCCAUCCGAAGAUGGGCCUGCAGAGGUAAGCUUGCAUCCAGUGUUGUUUUGUGACUCCACGAACCCUCCGUUAAUCCUUUGGACCUCUGAAGAUCUCCCUCAAACUUUGCAUCUGAAAGUUUGAAGAAAUCACUUGAAAGCAAAAUAAAGAUUUUUUUUAUAUAAAGUUCUA